AGCACUACACCAUAGAACCGUUUCUGAUAAUGUAUUUCGUAAUAUAUAUAACACUUUUAAUUUAUGAGAUAGGUGUAUACAGUUAUUAUCUAGGCCAGCAAAAUCGUUUUAAAUUUUUUUUGCUAAUACAUGAAUUAGCCAAAAGUGAAAAGUGAAAAUAACAGCGCAUUUAAAAGAAAGUGCUGCUGCUGCUGGUAAUAUUUAGGCACUCAAGUUUUCCAAAACCAAACAUACCCAAAUCAGCUAAAAAUUGCCUUCUUCUAUGCUUCCUCUGUCUCCUUUUCUCUGUAAGUCAAAAAGCCCCCUCAAAUCUUUACCCCACAAAGACACACACAGAGAGAGUGAAGUAGGUGAGUGAAACUCCAUCAUCUCUUCACAAUGCAAAUCUUCUGAUUGCUUCACCAUUACAAUCUUCCCCUUUUUUUUCAAAAAUAAAAGAUGUUCAAAAACCAGCUGCAAGAAUUAGCUCAAAGAAGCUGCUUCAAUCUCCCUUCAUACGCCUGCGUGAGAGAGGGCCCCGAUCACGCCCCCAGAUUCAAAGCCUCCGUCAAUUUCAACGGCGAAGUUUUCGAGAGCCCCACUUACUCCACCACCCUCCGCCAGGCCGAGCACGCCGCCGCCGAGGUCGCCCUCAACUCCCUCUCCGCCAGAGGCCCCUCCAAAUCCCUUACCGCCAGAGUUCUCGAUGAGACGGGAGUGUACAAAAAUCUACUUCAAGAAACUGCACACAGAGCCGGAUUGAAGCUGCCCGUUUACACCACCGUCAGAUCAGGCCCCGGCCACGUCCCCGUCUUCACCAGCACCGUCGAGCUUGCCGGAAUCAGCUUCUCCGGCGAACCUGCCAAGACUAAAAAACAAGCUGAGAAGAAUGCUGCUAUUGCUGCUUGGUUCCAAUUGAAACAAAUGCCAAAUUUGGGGCUUUUGUCGGAGCAAGAGAAUGCGGGAGGCGGGAAAUGGAGUUGCAGUUCGAAUUCCGGUAGAGUGAUGAGGCGAAGAGAUCACCAUCAUCAUCAACAGCCGAAAAUGCAGAGGCCUAUUCAAAGAGACAAUAGCUUUGCCCAGAAACGGCCGUGGAAGUUUCCGGAUCCGUUUUUAGACCCGGCUUAUAAGCACAGAAGCUUUCUCUCUUUUCUCCCUCCGCCGCCGCUGACGGCUUCCAAAAUCCUGCCCCCAAACUUGCCCAAUUCCAAAACCCCCACUCUCAAAGCUGCAGUUGAAGAAACGCCGCCGAUGUUGGAGGAGUUUUUUAGAGACGAUCAGGAAUGGGUUAACAAGAUAAGCGAGGCCAUAAAAAGAGAUCCCGGCAGUUCAAAUUCGAUUUAUGGAGGGAAAAUUGGAGGAGUCUACAGUCAAUUUGGGGGAGAAGAUGGCAGAAUUAGGUCAAUUCCGCCUCCGCUGAUGAAAAUUCCCUCAACUUGUCACAACCCCCAAAUUGGAUCAAUCCCUAAAUUCGCGCCGGCGGUGCAAAUCAGAUCCGUGAUUCCGGUGUGCGCGGCUCCACCGGUGAGGGCGAACACCGACCAAUCGCCGCCGAUCAAAGAAGCAGGUCCACCGCCGUCGUCAUCGGAGGAGUUAGAUGUAGCUUCCUCUUUGAGCAAGCUGAAAAUAUGAUGGAAUUAUGGAAGUAAGUUGAUGUGAUUAGUGGUUAAAUGAGCUCGUGUUUUGGUGUGAAUCAAUGAGAUGAGUGUUUUUGCGCCAUUAAUGAGGCACGUGUAUUUUAGUAGUGGGGUGAUAUAAGUGUGAUGGGAUUAGUUUAGUAAAUGGAGAUUAGCGAUGGAUUAGUGGUAAUAAAGAAGUGAAACAAUAAAUGAGGCAUUAAAUGAGAAGUGGGAAAGGGCAGAUGAGAAAUUGAAGUAGGUGUGCGCGUCACCACAAUUAAUGGCUUCUGUGAUAAA